AUGUCUGCUACUGAAUCGCCCACACAGAGCCCAAGGGCUGAUGUACAAAGCCGCCAGCGCCCCAUAGCAGAGCAAGCAUGCAAGGAAUGCCGCCGGAGGAAGUCCAAGUGUGACCGAAUUGUCCCAGUGUGUGUCCUAUGUCACAAAUUUGGUCGGAGAUGUGUCUAUGAAAGGCAAACCAAAACGCCUCUGACUCGACGCUACCUGAGCGAGGUGGAAAGCGAGCUGGCCCGAACAAAAGCAUUGCUGCAGCGAUUUGUUCCGGAUGAGCAAAACUUGGAUCAUGCUCUCGCAUCAGAGUCAGGAGGACCUGAAAGAGCAGUGCUGCAUUCCCCGAGAGACUCUGAUGCACAGCAUUUUCGGAAUGCCGGGCUAGUAUCUAGCGGUCGGACUGGGUCUGCCGCGGUCACUACUCCCAAUAUCGCAUCUCAAAACUACACUCCAAGCAGGCCUCCAAAUGCGCCCAUACUGCCUUUCACGGGCCCUUCAGGGCGAGCACCAGAAAGGCAGCCACUAGGGCCCUCCGAGCCUCGCCCCCUCGGGCCAUCAGGCUUAACCUUGGAAUCUCCCCCGUCAUCCAGUAACUUUGAAUGGGAUGAACGGACGGGAAAGGCCACAGGCGAUAGGUUUGUCGACGGUAUGGCUAGUCUGACAAGUAGUUCAAAUGAAAGCGGCUAUCUAGGUAUGGCCCGGAACAAGUUUAUGAGCUACUUUUCUAACAUCGAGGUAGGCGUCGCAUCUGGAGCCGCAUUACUGCGGAUAACAGACACCCAAUCGAACAGCGAAGACUAUAAUUCAAGGCCGUACCCUGAAGGAUCAAGCCGGCAGCCUUGUAGCAUUCCGUUCUCCCUGACAUCUCUCUCCCAACUAGAACCCUUUGUGGAUGCAUACUUUUCAUUGUACCACCAAUCCUAUCCUAUAGUACACGAGGCUAAAUUCCGGGCCCAGUUCAUGGAAGUCAUUCCUCGACCCACAGGUAAUGCCUGGCAGGUCCUACUGUUUGUUUUGGCCGCAGUGGGUGCAUUCACUGCGUCAACCCAACCUACUGAUGUAGACCUUGGUCUAUUUGAAGCUGCCAAGGCACGACUUUCUAUCGAUAUGCUGGAGACGGGAAACCUGCUACUUGUACAAGCCUUGACUCUCAUCUCAAAUUAUAUGCAGAAGAGAAAUAAGCCAAACUCUGGCUAUAACUAUAUGGGACUAGCACGUCGCAUUGCAAUGGGAAUUGGUCUGCAUAAAGAAUUUCCGACCUGGGAGACCAAUCUGCUUACCAUUGAAAUGAGGCGGCGGGUGUGGUAUUGCCUGUAUAUAUUCGACGUUGGCGCCAUCAUCACCUUCUCCCGACCUCUUGAUUUCCCCGACGAUGGAAUUGAUGUUGAACUUCCUUUGAACGUACAUGACAGUGACGUCACGUCUGGAACGAAGCAAAUACCACAGCCAGCCAACGAAACUACUGUUUACACCCAUCUACGAGCACAGGCAACGUUCCAUAUGGCCUCGAGUCAGAUCUACUCCAGGAUCAUAUCAUCGCCAUUUCCAUCAGCAAAUGAGCUUAUCGAGUUGGAUGACCGACUGAUUGGACACUGGCUCGCUAGAAUUCCGCCAUUCUUCCAAGAGAACGUUGUCCAAACACCAAAGUUCCGACUCUUAGGGCGCCUGAUGGUUCGCACAGAACGAGGAGCAUCUACUGUUCAAGAGAAUGGCAUGCAAGUGGAAAUUGCAAUCCAGCGCUGCUUAGAUGCAGCGCGGGAGUCAGUACAACUUAUCUCAUCAUUCUGGGCACAGGAGCAGAAAAGCAUGAUGGCCUGCUGGUACGCACUGUAUUUUCUGUUCCAGGCAGUUCUAAUCCCAGUCAUCUGUCUACGCAACGACCCACAAUGUGCGCUUGCAACAGGCUGGCGCGAUCAAAUAACCCAGGCGAUGCAUGUGCUUGAAUCAAUGACACGGCUUAAUCCCACAGCUUCUCGUUGUCUGGGAGUUAUUCGGUCUCUGUGUGGGUCAUACUUUGAUCCUUCUGUUGAUGGUUGGGGUCCAACAGAAGAGUCGCCGCAAACGCAACUCGCAAAUCUGUACCCAUUGAUGUGGCCAACAUUGGAAAUGGCGCAAUUGGACGGCACGGAUUCCACACUGCAAGAAUCUACCAUUUUGGACUUUAUGAAUCAACUGCCGGGCUUUGAGUAG